GUCUUGGCGCGGGGAGUUAGCAGCCGAGCUUCGUGGCUUUCCGCAUUUGGGACAGUGAUAGCACAUUAUUUUAGUGGAUCUCAGACAUUUACUCAGUGGCUUGGUAUUUUGAUAGCGUGCAUGCUAUGGGGACAGGCCCGUAUUCAAAGGCCUCCUAUGAAAGCUCGUGUAAUGAGAUAGCGGACGUAACAUGCCGAGUCUUUCAAUGUGGUUGGGGACUGGGUCUCCUUUCUUAUUUUGCCAUGAUAGGUACGGCGGGGGGAGGCAGCCUUCUAGUAGCUGGCUCCCAAUUCUGGAGUCGGUCGACGAUUGUUUUCAUAUAAGCAUCCUCUGUCUGUCAAAUGGUACUGUUUGUAUGCGAAUAAGAAGUUCAACAAUAUGAGCAUCGACAUAGAAGAAACAACGGUCCUCAUUGUAGGCGCAGGACCAAGCGGUCUAGCCCUCGGGGCCUUGCUUGGCCGCAUGAACAUCAAGGUAUUCGAAUAUUCGCAAAAAAAAUAUAUAUAUACUAGAUUUGAUUGAGACGUUGAAUGCUAAUCCGGCACUUACUCAUAUAAGGUGGUUAUCCUGGAGAAAGAGGUCGAGGUCUGCGAAGAUCCUCGUGGUAUCGUGGUCAAUGGCGACGCAGUUCGCAUUUCGUAUCAAAUUGGUAUUGGGGAGGGAUUGACGAAGAGAAUUGGAAAAGGUGAGCAUGCGAGAAUAAACAUACUCGAGACAUUGCUGCUCUUGCAAACUUUUUUUAGCUUUGUGAUCGUGGCUGACGUGCGAAUCGUGUGACAAAGAUAUUGGUGUGCUUAAUUUUCACCGAGGAAACUUUAGGCAACCAACAUUUAUGACAUUCGACAUUACUGUCGACUGGGCCGAACAAGCAGUUUCAAAUAACCUCACUCAGUUUCAGCCGAACUAUGAGCGAGAGAUCCGAAACCUUAUCACACAAUUCCCUACCUGCGAGAUCCGAACGGGAUGCGAGGCCAUAGCCCGAGAGGAGAAUGGUGACCACACAAUUCUUGAGUACGUUACGCAAGACGGGACGAAGCGAUAUAUCCGUACAUCAUGGCUUGUCGGUGCGGACGGGAAGCGUGGUGUUGUACGGAAGAAGUUCCUGGAACCAGAAGGUAUCAGGCAAGAGGAUGGCUUCUAUACUUAUGUUGGAACAUGGGUUGCUGCCAAUCUGCACAUCACGACACCGACGCCGAAAUCGCAUCCGCAGUUUCCGCUUUGGCAGCUGGGGUACACCCCACAGCAGGUACAUGAUGCCUUUUGGCCAAGCGGAUUCCACUUUUGUAACAGUUCGAAAAGACCUGCCGUCAGCGGGAGAUUUGGGCCACCAAACUCAGGAUUCUGGAGGCACGAAUUUUCGGUCGAGCCAGAAGACAACCUUAAAGAUGUUGAAGGGGAUUUCUGGAAGCAAUUCGGAUCUUGGAUGAUCAUUCCCGGGUCAAAGUUUUCGUGGAAGCUGCGGAAAACUCUCGUCGAGUUCCCGAGAGACUGCAUCAAGAUCGUGCGGUGCAGACCAUUCACGUUUGCAACAAAAGUAGUUAAUCGAUGGUACUGCCGCAAGACGAUGCUAAUCGGCGAUGCCGCCCACGUCUUCCCACCUUUUGGCGGCCAGGGCAUCGCGGCAGGCAUUCGUGACGCACAAGCACUCAGCUGGAGACUGGCCCUGAUGACUAACCUAGGGGUCUCAGUUCAGAUCCGAGAGAGAAUCCUGACGGGAUGGAGCCAGGAGCGCCGUCACGCGUGGAACGCAGCAACGCUAGCAACCAAACUGAACGGCGGCAUUGUGAACCAGCGGUCUCUGCUCGGCGGACUGGUUUAUCGAAUGUGGAUGCGUUUCCUGUGGUGGUUCCCCGGCAUCGCGCGGCUCAGAACGCGCCGUGCAUUCCGAGACAAGCUCGUUUACAGCUCCAAAACGUGCCCUGACGGUUUCUUCCUGGAGAAGGCAGGCGGUGGACGGAAAGUCGCACAGAUCUGGGUGCGCAGACAGGGCGAAAAGCCAGCGCUGUCUGACGGUGUGUUCCUCCGUAGCCUACCGCACUUUGGCCUCCUGGUCAUCGUCAGAAGUUUGGCAGAUGCGAACCCUAAGGAGAUCGAAGAGGCCAUCAGAGCAGCGGAUCUACCAGAGGAGAUCCUCACUUCCAAGGACGUGACGUUCUUCUGUCUGAAUGUCCAGGCUGGGAACUCAUUGAGCAAACUCGGGGCAGAACAACAGACGUACUAUCCGUGCCGGACACAGGAGUUGUUGGAGGAAGGCAUCACUCCCAUCAAGGGAUACCGUGAGACAGCAGUGCAGGAUCGCUAUGCUAAGUCGGCCAGGUAUGUCCUCAUACGGCCUGAUUUUUUCGUUCACUCUGUGGCAGCAAAUGCCGGGGAGCUGGCAGCAAAUCUUCGGGAGGUCAAGGGGUAUUUUUCUUAGGGUUGUUAUGACCUAGCUUGUCUGUUUGUUGACGUGCCUGUUAUUCGUUAUAGCCAUGUACGGAGUAGCUCUGAUAUUUAAAAUA